AUGGAGUACGAUCUAUUCAUCAUCAAUGGAGUGGUAGUGUCCGAAAAUGAAGUUCAAGAGUGGGAUAUCGCUAUCAAAGACGAGAAGAUCGCAAAGGUAGUUUCAAGAGGAGGUCUAAAAGCUGCACAGGCGACAAGGACGAUAGAUGCUGAAGGCGGCUACGUGAUGCCAGGAGGUGUGGACGCUCAUGUUCAUCUCCAAGAACCUCCAUUGUUUGGAAAUGGCUCAACAGCAGACAACUACGAGACUGGCAGUCGGUCGGCAGCAUGCGGUGGUACCACUACCAUGGUGACCUUUGCGCCACAGAAGAAGACCGAGGAUACCCUUCUCGACACUCUGGCGGCCACUCAUGAGCGAGCGAAGGACAACUGCUACAUCGACUACUCAUUCCAUAUCAUCGUCGGCAACCCGUCAGAAAGGGCGCUCUCAGAGUUCAAGACCCUGCGAGAGGAAGGCAUAUCCUCACUCAAGAUCUACAUGACCUACGAAGCCCUUCAACUGCACGAUGGCCAGAUCCUAGACAUCCUCCUCGAGGCCAGGAAGCAGGGCAUAACGACCAUGAUCCACGCCGAGAACGGACAAGUAAUCGACUGGAUGACCGCGCAACUCGAGAAGAAGAAGCUGUUCGCGCCGAAAUACCACGGCUCAUCCCAUCCGCCCAUGGCAGAGACCGAAGCCACCUACCGUGCCAUUAGCUUAUCAGAGUUCAUGGACACUCCAAUCCUCAUCGUCCACGUAUCCACGCCCGCAGCAGCCGCACACAUCAAAGCAGCGCAAGACCGCGGUCUACCCAUCUACGCCGAAACCUGCCCACAAUACCUCUUCCUCACGAAGCUAGAUCUCGACCAGCCAGGUUUCGAAGGCGCGAAAUGCGUGUGCUCGCCCCCACCCCGCGAAAGCGAAGCAGACUGCGACGUCAUCUGGGAGGGUCUCGCAAACGGCACAUUUACCAUCCUCUCCUCAGACCACUGUCCCUUCCGCUAUGACGACCCUGAGUCGGGUAAGAAGUCUAGUAUCAGCGCGGAAUACCCUCUAGGCCACUUCAAAUACAUCCCCAACGGCUGCCCUGGUAUCGAAACACGCCUCUCACUCACCCUCAGCGCAAACCGCCUCAAGCUUACCAAAUUCGUCGAAGUCACAUCUGCGAAUCCCGCGAAGCUAUACGGUCUCUAUCCGAAGAAAGGCGCGCUGAUAGAGGGCGAAUCGGAUGCUGAUAUCAAUAUUUGGUAUCCAGAUGGCAAGAUGGAGGAGUUUGAGUUGACGAAUAGUAUGCUGCAUCAUGAUGUUGACUAUACGCCUUUUGAGGGCAGGAAGCUCAAGCAGUGGCCGAGGUGGACGUUGCUGAGGGGGAAGGUGGUCUGGGAUAGGGAAAAUGGCGGGUUGUUGGGGGAGAAGGGGUAUGGCAAAUUUACGAAGAGGGAUACGAGUAGUCUUGCGAAGCCGAUGAGGGAGGGGGAGUGGGUGUUGCCGUUGUAG